GAGCUGGCCGAGGAGUUCUUUGGACCAUGAAUGUUGAUUUUCGAGACGUCUCGGAAUGCUUGCGAAGUUUCACGCAAGUGGCAGAAAGCUAAUUGAGCGUGUUCAGGUAGAAGGGUCCGGCUGACUUCAUUUGGAGUAAUAAGCUGUUUUUAAAUGCACGUCGACAGCCGGGCCGGGCACACCGCGCUAGGACCCUGCUUGCUCCUGGGGGCCUCUCAGAGCCGCGGCUCCACCUUUAAAGAUUGGCAGCUGUUUGCGUUGGCCGGCGGGAGACAUGCCGACCGUGAACGGCCUCGUCCACGGGACGCUGGACGGUCUGCAGAAGCGGCUGGAGCUGUGCCUGGUGUGCUCCAAGUGCAGCGUGCGGGAGAACGAGAGCACCUACGAGAGGAAGGAGGUGGAGCAUCGCUGCAUGUACGAGAUCCUCCUGGCCCGGUGCCGGAGCAAGAGGAGCCAGCUCUGGAGGAAGGUGGGCCGGAGGCCGGGCUUCCCAAAGCCGGCACGCUAUGAGGUCUGCCGCUUCUACUGCCCGGGCGCGGGAUGCAGCAAGCACCACAACCAGUGCACCUUCGCCAGCAGCAAGGAGGAGGCUCUGGUGUGGAACUUCGAGAGGGAGCAGGAGCUGGAGCGGCGGGGUGCUCCGGGCGCAGGUCGCCGGCAGCACCAACGGCCUCCCGAGCGAAGAAGCCUCCAGCACCGCCGGGAGAGCUUCGAGAACCACUGCUCCCUGGUGGAGCACGCACGGAUGGUCUCGGCCGACGCCACCAACCAGUGGGUGCACCGCGCCCCGCCCUACGGGCUGGCCACGUUCGCGCUGUGCAGCAGAGGAGACAUCUGCACCCUCGGAGACGGGUGCACCCAGGCGCAUUCGGUCGAGGAGCUGCAGGAGUGGAUCCAGAGAGCAAAGGCUGCCGAGAGGAGCAGGAAAUCGGCCCUGAGAGACGGGCUCCUCUCCUACCAGGACCGGCUCAUUGCUGAGUACCAGGAGUGCCGCAACGAGAUCUUCAUUCUCUCUGAGGAGGUCGACGGCGUCCGCAUCACCUGCGAGCAGCCCAUGCGGGUGCACUCCGAGGACAGGAAGAUGCGCUAUAGGUGGAAGUUUGCAGUCCACUCCCAGGCGCCGCUGCGGCACGUGGCGUUACUGAAGAGAGAUCCUGGCGCCACCUUCUUCCUGGCAGGGGAGGGGAUCCCCCGGGGGCUCACCUACAUCCGGGGGGAGCGGGUGAAGGCUCUGUCGGCCUCGCCGCGGGUGUGGCUGGGCUUGGUGAACUUCCAGCGCUGGCACAGCGGCAACCGGGUGAUCGUGCCCAGCGUGGAGAUGACCAGCCACGAGGUGAACCUGCUCGCCAAGUACAAAGCCCCCGCCCUCUCCCUGGAGUUCCAGCGCGACAGCGCCCCCAACACGCCCAUCACCCGCCUCAACUACAAGGAGAGGAUGCAUCACUUCCUGUUCCGAGAGGAGGAAGCUGAGCAGACCUUGAUUGACAAGCUCAACCUCCAGGUGGCCGUCUCCCUGACCCCGAUGCUGCAGACGCUUUCUGUGGGGAUGAAGAUCGCCCUCCCGGGAGAGCUCUUUGCGGAAGUGCCGAUCCCGUGGGUGCUGACGCCGGACACCAGCGAGGGCUACCUGCUGAGCCGGGCGGUGAACACCGCUCUCCUGGCGCCCGCCCCGCCCACCGACAACCGGGUGUAUGAGGUCAAGGUGGAGAGCAAGGCCACCACGGAGAAGAGCAUCUGGCUGCUUCUCCCCCCAAGAUGCUGCAGCGAGCUUGGCUUCCAGCCGGACACCACCCGCCAGGUGGAGAUCCAGUUCCAGAUCGACCGGCUGCAGUUCCGGCUGGGGCCCUACGCCGUGGACCAGCUGCUGGACGAACGGCUGAUCCUGCCCGACGUGGCAGCCUGUUCCAUCCCUCCCUCCCCCACGCUGCCGCGGAUCGGGAACAGGAAGCAAAACCAGGCCAUCUCCUUCAUCACCGGCCCGGCCACCGGCCCCCGACCGGUCCCCCCUCUGCUGAUCUAUGGGCCAUUCGGCACAGGGAAGACCUUCACCUUGGCCAUGGCCACCAGGGAGAUCAUCAAGCAGCCCAACACGCGAGUGCUGAUCUGCACCCACACCAACAGCGCGGCUGACAUCUACGUCCGGGAGUACUUCCACGAGUAUGUCACCAGCGGGCACCCCGGGGCCAUCCCCCUGAGGAUCAAAUACACGGACCGGGCCAUCAGCCUGACCGACCCCAUCACUCGGCUGUACUGCUGCCUUUCCCCGGACCAGAUGUCCUUCCGGCAGCCCACCCCAGAGGAGCUCAACAGGCACCGCAUCAUCAUCACCACCUCCAUGCUGUCCAAGAACCUGCGGGUGUCCCCCGGGUAUUUCACCCACAUCCUGAUCGACGAGGCGGCGCAGAUGCUGGAAUGCGAAGCGCUCGUCCCGCUCUCCUAUGCUACCUUUGAGACCCGCAUCGUCCUCGCGGGCGACCACAUGCAGGUGACCCCGAAGCUGUUCUGCCUGGGCGGGGGGCAGUCCGCCGACCACACCCUCUUGAACCGCCUCUUCCAGUACUAUCAGAGGGAGAAGCACGAGGUGGCGCUGAAAAGCAGGAUCAUCUUCAACGAGAACUACCGCUCCACGGCCGGCAUCAUCGAGUUCGUCUCCAAGAACUUCUACGUCAGCAAAGGCAACGCCAUCCAUGCCAGCGGCAACAUCCCGCCCCACCCGGAGAUCCACCCGCUCAUGUUUUGCCACGUGCCGGGCUCCACCGAGCGGGACAUGGCCAUGACAUCCUGGUACAACGUCUCUGAGAUCAUGCAGGUGAUCGAGAAAGUACAAGAGAUGCGCCAGAAGUGGCCGGAUGAAUGGGGAGCCCGGGACCUGAAGAGGAUCUGCGUGGUCUCCCAUGGCAUGCAGGUUAAUGCCAUCAGGCAGGAGCUGAAGAAGAAACAGCUGGGAGAGGUGGCCGUGGAAAACUUUGAAAACUUACCAGGGAGGGAGUUCCGCGUCAUCCUCAUCAGCACAGUUCACACCAAGGAAAGCCUGCUCAGCGCAGCCUCCCCCAACAUGGAGUUCUUCAACGAAGCGAGGGUGCUGAACACCAUCAUGACCAGGGCCCAGUCGCAGGUCAUCGCGGUGGGCGACGCGGUGGCCUUGUGCUCCUACGGCGAGUGCAGCAAGGUCUGGAAGCGCUUCGUCCAGGAGUGCAUCGAGAAGGGCAGCGUGACGCCGGCCACGCUGACGCUGGAGCAGAUUAAGCAGGCGGUGUCCGACCAGCAGGGCUGGGUCAGGAGAGGGGCGGAGGCGGCGCGGCUCUGCGAGGAGGAGGGCGACAGCGACACGGAUUCCUGGGCGUCGGAGCUGGAGAACGUGCAUCCCGACGAUCCCAUUCUCCAGGAGCUGCUGGACGAGAGCAAGCACCUCCUGGUGACCGUGUCUGAAGAAGGGCUGCUGAACGUGAAGUCGGAGGCCGCGGCCCAGCAGAACGGCCGGCUGGAAUACGUCAGCUUCUCCCCGCGCGUGAUGCUGGACUAUCUCCGCAUGCACCCCAAAAUGUACAAGAGGUGUGAGCUGAUCAAGGAGGGCUUUGACAGAGCCACCGCCAUCGCCUUCGACGACUCGCCCCCCCUGAACAUUCAGAUCAAAGGCAGGGUGCACUGCGGCAUGGCCUUCACUGGCGACCAGGUGCUCGUGGAGCUCCUGCAGAGCAGCUCUGCCGAGGGCGGCCCCACCCGCCCCCACGGGAAGGUGGUGGGGGUGCUGAAGCAGGCCGAGCGAGAGCGGACCUUCGUCUGCAUGAUGGACGAGUUCGACCCCCGCGUGAUGAUCCCCAUCGACCGCACCGUCACCAAAAUCUUCGUCCCGGGGCUGAAAGAAAAACCCAACGUCCUUGCCAUCCGCAGGCAGGUCAAGGGGAAGUUCCAGGUGGUCAGCUGUGAGAAGAUCAACCAGGAGAUGAAAAGAAGUCGGCUUUUCUGUGUCCAGGUCAUCUCCUGGCGGGAAGGCUUUUACUAUCCUCUGGGCAUCGUCACCGAGGUCCUGCCCAUGGCUUUGACUCUGGAAGAAGGCUUGAAGAUCCUCAAUUUGGAGUAUGGGCUGACGAAAGAGUACCCAAGCGAGGUGACCAAAGAGCUGGCUAAACUCACCUCCAGCAAACCCAAGCUUCCCAAGGAGAGCGUGAGGGACUGCCGGGGUUACCUGACCUUCACCGUGGACCCUCCGGGCUCGAGAGAUUUGGACGAUGCCAUCAGUCUCCGAGACGAGGGCAGUUGUUACGAGAUUGGGAUCCACAUCGCCGACGUGGCUGGCUUUGUUCCCAAGGACAGCGCGCUGGACGUGGAGGCGAGAAAACGGGGCAUUACUUACUAUGCCCCUGGAAAGGAGCCGCUGUGCAUGUUCCCGCCCCGCAUCAGCCAAGACCUCUGUAGCCUCCUGCCCCUCAAGGAUCGCCGGGUGGUCUCCCUGUUUGUCACCGUCGAGAAGAAAACAGACAAGGUGAUGAACGGGGUCUUCGCUCUGUCCACAAUCCGCUCGGACCGGCAGCUGUCCUACGAGGCGGCGGAGAGCAUCAUUAAGAGCCACUACCGAGGGGAACGGGAGGGUCUUUCCUUUGACACCCUCGAGGACUGCGUCGCGGCGGCGUAUCACUUCUCCAGGGUCCAUCGGAAGUUCAGGCUGCAGGAAGACUGUUACUAUGAUCGGCUGGACGAGGACAGUACCCCGGGCGACCGGGGAUCCCACCAGAUGAUCGAGGAGUUCAUGAUCAUGUUCAACAGCUUCGUGGCCGAGUUUCUCACCAACAAAGACCACACCAGGGACAUCACCCCUCUCCGGUGCCAAAUGGAGCCCAACCCCCAGCAGCUGAGACAGAUGAAGAACAAAUACAGCCACGUCAUCCCUUUGUCCAUCCACCUGUCCCACGCUCUUUCGCCUCAACCCCACCGCACAUGCGAGGCCCGGCCACUACUCCUUGCACGUCGACGCUUACACCUGGGCCUCCUCCCCCAUCCGCCGCUACGUGGACGUGGUGGUCCAGCGGCACUUGCACGCCGUGCUGGGCAAGAAGCCGGUGCUGUACGCUUCGGACGACAUCGAGUUCCUCUGCCACGACUUCAACAGGAAGAACGUGCGGGCGGGGACGUACGAGAGGCGGGCCCCUUCCACUACUCCUUGCACGUCGACGCUUACACCUGGGCCUCCUCCCCCAUCCGCCGCUACGUGGACGUGGUGGUCCAGCGGCACUUGCACGCCGUGCUGGGCAAGAAGCCGGUGCUGUACGCUUCGGACGACAUCGAGUUCCUCUGCCACGACUUCAACAGGAAGAACGUGCGGGCGGGGACGUACGAGAGGCGGGCCCCUUCCCUGCAGAUGGCCACCCAGCUGCAGUGCCAGGUGCUGCAGAAAAUCGCCUUUGUUGUGAGCGUCGAGGGAACGAACAGGUUCUUCAAAGCCUUGUUCCCGCUGAACAACGAGACCCUGCCGGACCCCCAGGUGAUCAGCUACCGGUCUCUGCAGCUCGUGGAGCAGCCGUUGUUCCUGCAGGAGCAGGGCAGCAUGAGGCUUACGUGGAAACGGCGGAUGUACUCGAUGGCGAGCUCCAAGGAGCGCACCCCCCGGACCUCGCCGCUCGGGGACCGCAACAUCACCCCCUUCAGCGCGCAGGUCUGGCGCGACAUGCUGGCGGCCGUCCGAGGUGAAGAGCUUGAGAGGGCGAUGGCUCUCCUGGGAAAGGGCCAGCCCCCCCGCCAGCGGCAGGUGGGGCGCAUGGAGCGGAGCGAGUGCUCGCACUACGUGGGGCUGUCCCUCGAGCUGAGCCCCGGGGACGCGCUGCAGCUCCAGCUUACCACCGACGUUUUCCGGGGGUUCCUGGUGCCGAUCGUGCAGCUCUGGAGCGUGGCGCCGGGCUUCGACGUCUGCCUGCAGCACACCGAGAAGCCCAUCGACUGCUUCUCCCGUUACGCCACGCUGGCCUCCAGGGAUGCGUACAAGUCUCCGUCGGACUACACCAAGGUGUGGAAGCCGCUGAGCGCGAUGGAGUCGGCCACCUGCGCGGUGGCGGAAAACGACUCCAUCGUCCUGCAGGAGGUGAGGAUCGUGUGGGACAAGCAAAGGAACAGGAAAGGGCAGCUGCAGGGCACUUUCUCGUUCACCAAAAGCUUCCUGGAAGAGUGUGCCAUUGAAGUAGACUUCAACCACUGCUACCUGUGCAUCCGGCUGGAAGGGCUGCCGCUCAGCGGGCGCCACGGCGACGAGGCGUGUCUGAGCCACGGCCUCCAGAAACUCCACCUGUCCCAUGAGGGCCCAGCGGGCAGCCCCUUCGUGGUCGAUCCGGCCACGUACACGUGGGUGGCCCACGGGCUGACCGAAGAGUUUGGUGACAAUGAGAAACAGGACAGAAGUGGUGAGAAGACGGUGAAUUUUUACCUCCAUUUUAUGUCCAUGGAGGAGGUGCCUGCCGAGGUCUCCCGGGACUCAUCCCGGUUCACGGUGGAGCUCAUUCCCAAGAUGCUUCCGGAUGUCCGGAAGGAGAACGCCCUCUGGAAACUGCAGAAUGCCUCUGAGCUCGCCAAGAGCAUCGCGCUGGGCCAGGAGCCUCCGCAGACAGUAGCCUGGAAAAAAUCCAAACUCCUGACUCAAAAAGUCUUUGACCUCCCUGGAAGCCUGCGGAAACUCAACCACAGCCAGCACAACGCCAUCCUGGAGGCGCUGAGAAAAUCCUUCACGCUCAUCCAGGGGCCACCAGAUCCUGCAGUAUUAGCCUGGAAAAAAUCCAAACUCCUGACUCAAAAAGUCUUUGACCUCCCUGGAAGCCUGCGGAAACUCAACCACAGCCAGCACAACGCCAUCCUGGAGGCGCUGAGAAAAUCCUUCACGCUCAUCCAGGGGCCACCAGGCACGGGGAAGACGGUGGUCGGGGUCCAUAUCGUCUACUGGCUUAACAAGCUGAACGAGGAGAAGCUGGAGAAGGAAGUGUCUCUUGAGAAGGAGAAGGCCGGGAAAUGCAUCUUGUACUGUGGCCCUUCCAACAAGUCUGUUGACGUCGUUGCGGAGAUGCUGUUGAAGAUGAAGGGGUCCCUGAAGCCCUUGAGGGUGUAUGGUGAGAUGAUGGAGUUGAUGGAAUUCCCCUAUCCCGGGAGCAACCGACACGUCUCCCGGAAAGCAAUGCGGGAUGCGAAACCCAAGUCGGAGCUCAGUGAAAUAAUUUUGCACCACCGAAUCCGGCAGCCGCCCAAUCCUUUAUCGCCUCAAAUCCGAGAGUUUGACGCACGAGUGAAAAAAGGAGAGGCAAUUUCCGAAGACGAGGUUAAGAAGCACAAAGGCCUGUUGUCAGAGGCCCGGGCGUGGGAGCUGCAACGCCACAACGUCAUUCUGUGCACGUGCUCGGCCGCCUCGGCCGCCUCCCUGGUGGAACAUCUCAACGUCAAGCAGAUCCUCAUUGACGAGUGCGCCAUGUCCACCGAGCCGGAGACCCUCAUCCCUCUGGUCAGCUACGAGAGGGCCGAGAAGGUUAUUUUGCUCGGGGACCAUAAGCAGCUGCGGCCCGUGGUGCAGAACGAUUUCUGCAAGAACCUUGGCAUGGAGACGUCCCUCUUUGAGCGGUAUCGGGACCAGGCCCUCAUGCUGGACACGCAGUACCGCAUGCAAAGGGAGAUCUGCAGGUUCCCGUCCCAGGAGUUUUACAAAAGUAAGCUGAUGACCUCCCCUGAGCUUAGACGCCCGAACAGCGCCCUCGAACACCAGGGCAGAAGCUGCCCAAUCCUCUUCGGGCACAUUGAGGGGAAGGAGCAGAGCCUGAUGGUCUCCACCGAGGAAGGAAACGAGAAUUCCAAGGCUAACCUAGAAGAAGUGGAGCAGGCGGUGAGGAUCGCAAAGCAGCUGACCCUGGGAGGCACCAUCCUGCCAGCGGGCAUCGCCAUCCUGAGCCCGUACAGCGCCCAGGUGUCAGAGAUUAACAAGCGUCUCGCCCAGCAGGGGAUCCGCGGGAUGACCGUGUGCACCAUCACGAAAAGCCAAGGGAGCGAAUGGAAGUAUGUGAUCCUGUCCACCGUGCGCUCCUGCGCUCGGUCAGAUAUCGACAGGAGACCCACCAAAAGCUGGCAGAAGAAGAACCUUGGGUUUGUUACUGACCCAAACCAGGUCAAUGUCGCCAUCACUCGGGCUCAGGAGGGGCUCUGCAUUAUAGGAAACCGUUACCUCCUGGAAUGUAACCCUCUGUGGAGACGACUGCUGGAGCAUUACAGGCAUGCGGGAUGCUACACUUUCGCUCAAGACAUUCAGGUCCGGAAGAAGUCAGCCCUGCGCUGAUGGGAAUGGAUCACAACUGGAUAAACCGGUCCCUGCCCAAAAUGUUUGAUUGGGCCCAUCAGGGAACAAACCUCUUUUCCGCCCAUCAAGCACGUACCACUGUACAAAAUGCACCAGGGAUUGGCAGCUGCACUUUCUUUGUCUGUUGACCACUUACUUUUCAUUUAAAAAAAAAAAAAAAAAAAGGCAACCUUGGGUCAAAACAUUCAGCAUUUGCAAACCAAAAAGCUGAGGAAGCCGACGGAGACGGGUGGCGAUUGUGCUUUUUUGGUGGAAGCCAAGAGUUCCUCUGUGAAAUUCUCAGCCUGCCUUUUUGUGAGAGCAGCUGUUCUUUGGGGACCAACUAUUUCUACUUCCUCAGGAGCCGCACGACGGCAUGCGACAGACUGACGGUCCGAGCCGUGAUGUGCCAGACCAUGACCAAACCUGCCGAGUGCUACCAUUAAAGCUAAAUCCGAGGCCAGGGACCUAUUUGGGCUGUCUCACUUCUCAAAGCAGAAAACCCCAUUUGGGUUUUACUUUAAAUAAAGGAAGAAAUGGGGUAGGAGAACAAAACAAAAAUGCCCCAGCCCAAAACAAGACCUGGAACAUGAAAUAUUUGUGGCCUUUCAGAACUGGUAAAUAUCACUUAGCCAAGGCCAAGUAUUUUUAUAAAUAGACUCAUUGUCUCUUCAUGUAAAGGAGGUUGUUGGGAGCUGUAUGCAAGUGAACGAGAAAAACAGCCUCUACCAGCAGAUUUGGACAUUGUAAAGAGAUUUUUAAACUGCCCGCCUAGUUUGACUUGAAAAUGUUUCCUUUUGUAAAAAAUGUUUUUUUCUCUCUCUCUUUUCUUUAAAAAAAGAAAAAGCUGCUUUUAACUUAUUGACUUUUAGUUCCAUGAACUUUGCUUCACAAUCUGUGGCCCGUACUUUCGCUAACAGCGUCGGUUCUGUGGUAGGUGGGUGUGUCUGUUUUUAAAAUAGCCCAGUUGUUGUGAACUGGAAGAGGUGACAAUCCUUAGAAGACAGGAGGCUGACGGGAACAGGGAUGAUGUUUUUCCCAAGAAGUCCUUUGGGAUUGUACGUGUAGUAACGAAAUGGCACGCCGCACUGAGCCUUGGAAACUGCAGCUGCUUCCGUACCUAUGGGAUGUAUGGGGAGCCGGGGCCUUUAUCUCCUUAUUCCAGUUCGGAGUAUAUGUGGGCUUGCCUCCACAUUUCCUGAGACCACACACACGGACACCUGCCGAUAGACGUCUGUGGAAGACUGAGCCAAGCUGCCGUUGCAGCAUUUUUGCAUCCAACAAAAACAAGGCGGGCCUACUGCCCUCACUGGUGUAUCUGUUGACCUGUGGAAUUGGAGUGCUUUGACCCUUCCUGUUCAGUUUGACUCAUGUACAGCCAAAGAAAGGACAGAUCCUUGCUUUCCUGCCUCCCCUAGCCUUGGGUAUCGGUAUCCGAGAACACGCACAUCUGCUCUCCUAAUACUGCAGCACAUGGGUGUGCGUCCCUCUCUGAGGAAAGAAUGUAGAAGGUUUCCUCGCACAGGGAAAGGCUGGUCCUAGAAUGUGAGGCCAUCUGGGAUCCCCGACUCAUCCGGAUUGACCUCUUGUUAUAUCACAGGCCAGUAACAGUACCCGGCCUCACGCUGCGCCAGCAACCAAAGUAUUACAGCUCUCAGGAGACUAAAUAUCAUGUGCCACGGGCCGAGAAUGCAUGAUUUCUUGGGCCUGACAGCUGUCCCACACUGAAGCCUCUUAUCUCAAGGAUUCCAAGCGGGCCUUGUUUUUGCAAACAAAGUGUUUGUACAAGUCCGGGAUAAACUGUCCAGGGAUCACUUCAUGCACCAGGGAAAGGAAUGGGGGAAAGACCGUAUUGGAACCCUUAAGUAAAACACAUCAGUGUGAUGCGCACACCCCUACAGCUAGAACAGGGCCUAGCUAACACACGACGGGCACGUCUGUGGUUACAAGAAGAUCGACGCUUCGGAGGACGAUCUAGCGUUCGAUUUAGCAGGUCUAGGACAGACCCGUAAAUCAAAUGCUGAAGGCAGCUGCUGUCAGCGACUGGUACCCCUCCUGCAAGGAGGGAGGGAAGCCAGUGGGAGUGCUCUCUCCCGUUGGCCUCCCGCUCUGUGGACACAGCCACGGCUUGGCGUAAGGUAAGCCGACUCCAGCUACAUGUUUUGCACAGCUGGAGUUGCGUACCUUAAGCCGACCUUCCUGGUCUAGUGUAGACCAGGCCUGACUGUGGUCCCUUUUAAACACAGUGAGCUUCAUCCUCCUAGCAUAAAUCUGGAGUUUUUUCAUGAAAAGAAUGCAGGUUAAAGCAGUGGACAACUGGUAUAAAUGAGAUGCAAAUCAGAUGCACUGUAGGGGCUUGGUUUGAUCCUGCAGAGCGUUAUUUAGCUGGGUUACCUUUUGCUGGACCAUUUUCCACUUUUUUAUAUAUAA